AAUGUCAGAAGGCAUUUAUACAGAAACUUUAAAGGAUAAGUUUACUCUUUCUCCAUUUGAAAAAUAUCAUAAGUAUGGCAGAUUUCCCUAUAAAUUUUUAAUCUCAUGUGCAUUAGUUUUCCUUACAACUUUAUAAGUAUUAUUGAUAUCUGAACAUUAUACAUAUAAUAAUUCAGGUCAAAUAAUUCAAUUUGGUAUUAUAUCUAAAUUGAUUAAUAGUUGCAUUAUUGUUGAAUGCAGAUGAACCAAUGAAUAAUAAAAUUACUUUACUUACAAUUGAUGAUUUUUAAGAUUCAUUAAAUAAUACUCUUAAUAAUCUAGCUAACAUUGAUGAUAUUACAGUUUAGAACACUACAGUUUAAGGUAAUACAUUUUUUUAGAUUAAUUAUAACUAUCCUUUUGAAGCAUAUAGAAUUGAUUAUCCUUUUGUGCGAAAUGUUACUUUGGGUGAACCAUUACUUGACCCAUUUGACUUAGAAGAUGAUGAUUAAAUUAGAGAAUUUUGGACUAAUGCUUAUGAAUUAACAUUAACAGUAAACUAAAUCAAAGUGGAAUCAUAAUAAAGAUCUGCUUGUUGGGAUAUAUAGAUUACAUAUUAGUUCAUUAAUUAUGGUUAUAUAGAUGCAACUAUAACUUCUAUUGGUGGAAUCUGUAAAGAGAACCGUGAAGAUGAAGAAGGACAUGGAUCUGCUUUUAAUAGUACAGCUGUUAGAAUAGAUAAUCUAUUAUUGUAAUUAAGUAUUAUUUUAUUGGCAUUUAUUGAUGUUUGUUUGGGAGUCAAAUAUAUUUAUGAAGUUAUUGAAAUGUAUACAAAUAAUAUAUCAAAAUUAAAGAAAUAAAGAAAAUUAAAAGUUCCAGAAUACAAAUUAUAUAAAAAUCAGAAUCUAACAACAUUAAAGAUUAUCUUAACUGAAUAAAAGCCUUGGGAAUAAUUAACAAUAAAAGAAAAACUAUUAUUUUUUGAUUUAUUUUUACCUAUAAGAAUUUUAGGAAAUAUUAUAUAACUAAUAUCAGCUGGUAUACUUAUAUCUGAAACUUUCAUAAGAGUAGAUGGUUUAUCAUAAUAUGAUGAAUUGAUGGCUGGAUUAGGUUGCUUUUUUGCUUGGUUUUCUAUAGUGAAAUAUUUGGAUUAUUAUGAAGAAUUACAUUUAAUAGCAUCUGUGUUAGAAUCAUCUAUAAUACCAGUUUGUAUGGCUAUAUUAAAUUUUUUACCAGUUUUUUUAGGAUAUGCAUUGUUAGGUAUGUGUUUAUUUAGUGAUUCUCAUUAAUUUGUGAGUUUAUCUUCAUCAAUAAAUGCUCUAUUCUCAUUAAUUUAUGGAGAUUCAAUAUCAGAUGUAGCUAGAGAUAGUUCAAGAGGAGUUAGCUUAGAAUUAUCAUUGAUUUACAUAGUUACAUAUAUUUUAUUGUUCUUAUUUGCAGUACAUAAUAUUAUGGUAGCUUUGAUAAAAGAGUAAUUAGAAAUUCGUAAGGAUUUAAUAUUUCAAGAAAAGGAAUUAAUGAAUUAAUUGGAUUUGAGUAAUAAUUAUUAGUAUUAAAUGUAUUUGUCUUAGAAGAUGAAACAAACAACUAUUAUGAAUCGUAGUGUAAUGAAAGAUGAUUUUGGUUCAAUGAUGCAAUCUUAAACAGGAAAUAAUCAAUAAUAAUAAUAAAUAAACAAAUAGAUAUCUUUAAAAUCAAUAACAAAAUUGGCUAUGUUAUAGAAACAAAAGUCAGUGGAUAUAUCUAAAUAGGAAAUGGAAAAUAAUUGGAAAUAAAUUUGUAAAGAAGAGAUGUAAAAUCAUUACAUUUAUAAUAUUUUAAUAUCAACAAUUACUGAGACCAAAAAUAUUCUGAGUAAUGUAGAAUUGGAAUUAUGGAAUGAUAUUGAUUCUAGUCCAUUUACUGUGAUUGAUAAGAAAGAGAUAAUUACAUUGUAUUGUUCUUAAUUGAUUAAGAAACAUCAGAAAAUGAGAAACAUAUUUAAUAAAACAAAGUAAAUAAGUUAAAAUUUGAAACAAUGA